CGGGACUUCUGAGCUGUAGCUAUGUCGACGCCCGAGGCUUCGCUGUCUACGACGGAAGAAGCGGCAGACUCUCAGAAAGUGACUAUACUUCUCAAAGCUGCAGCUGAUGCACCAAUACUCAAAACGAAGAAAUACAACGUGAGUAGAGAAAAGACGGUCGCGUGGAUUGCUAACUUUGUGAAGCAGAGAAUACACUGCCAACCUGACGAAUCUGUGUUUCUAUAUGUCAGUCAAGCAUUUGUGCCUCCUCCUGAUCAGACAGUCCAUAACUUGUAUGAGUCAUUUGGUUCUGAUGGCAAGCUUGUUUUCCACUACUGCAAGAGUCAAGCUUGGGGCUAAACAACACAACAAGAACUCGCACAAGUCACUGACAAGAGUUUUUGUACAUAUCCCUUUGUAAGGCUACAAUUAGAAACUCAUA